AUGCGCCAGGAGAUGUCCCGCCGGGAAGCGGCCGCGCUGCUCCACAGCUCCCCGAAGCCGCGCAGCCCCCACGGCUGGGGCCUCCUCCAGGCCCUCUGGUACCUGGUCUUCUACAGCCCCAUCAUCACCGAGAGCCACCUGAGGAGGAAGAACCUGGAGUUCAUCUUCAUCCGCUUCAGCGCUUGGCAGUUCGCGGGGUGCGACAAACUCUGGGCGGGCUUGGUGACCACCCUGUGCGACAACGUCCGGCAGCACUUCGGGGCUCUGCCCCUCAGCGUCUUCCACGUGAUGGGCACCCGGCCCCGCUUUGCCUCGGGCUUCAGCCAGCAGGAGUGGGUGCUCAAAACGGGCACCUGCCUCAAGCUCUGGGGGCUCCUCUUCGUCCUGGCCGUGGGGCUCACCGUCCUCUUGGUGGCCCUUCUGGUGCCCGGCAUCAAGGACCAUCAGGCCUUGAAGGUGGUGGGAAGCGCCGUCACGUCCCUGUCCGGCUCGGGGCUGGUCCUGGGGGCUGUUUCUGUCUUGAAGAACCUUCUGAUCAGCGAGAAGCACAAGAUCGAGAAGUUGACCAACAGCGAGAGGUUCACCAGCCAGUUGGGCUUCAUGAGCAAAGUGAGGCACGAGGUGGAGGUGCUGGUGGGUUUCUUGGCCUUCAUGGAGAUCUUCGAGCGCCGGCGGCUCCGGGUGGUGCUGGAGAUCACCAGCCUGGACACCUGCUACCCCGAGAAAGUGGCCGGUGUCCUCAACGCCAUGAACACCUUGUUGUCCGAAGCCAACACCCCCUUCAUCUUCAUCCUGGCGGUGGAUCCCAGCGUCGUGGUGCCCUGCCUGGAGCAGACGGGCUGCAUGAGGGGCCUGGCAGACAACGGGUACCUCUACCUGAGCCGCACGGUCACGUUGCCCUUCUCCAUCCCGGCCAUGGGUUCCCGGUCGCGGCUGCGCUGCCUCGAGGCCGCCGUGCAGACCCGGGAGGACCUGAUGUACCGGAUCAUCACUGGCAAUGUCGAGCGGCGCCGCGCCAAGCACCGCGCCCGCCUGGAACCUCCCAGUCAACCCCAGUUGGAUUCCGAGGCCGUCCAGUGCAUCCAUCAAGCUUUUCGUUGUCUCCACGACGGGGAAGACCCCUUGGGUCGGUACCUCCCGGCCAACGGGGCCCAUCUCCGCCGCAUCGUCAACACCAUCCCGGUCACCCUGCGGCUCCUCCUGCACCGCGGUGGCCCCGGGGGUCUCGGUGGCCCUGACGUCCCCUCCCCCCGGGCUGCUGCUGCCUGGGUGGUGUUGGCCGACCAGUGGCCGUGCCGGUUGAGCUGGGCCUUGCAGUGCCUGGAGGACGCUUGGCAGAGCCAACCCACCCCAGGUUUGGCCACCAAAUCCUUGUGGAGCAUCUACCAGGAGAACGUGGGGGAGCUGAGCAGCCUCCAGCAGCCCCUGCACAACGUUCUCAGCCUGGACGGGGACCCCGAGCUCUUCCACACCUUCCUGGGUUGUGACUUCCCCUUCACGGCCAAGGACGCCCAUCACUUCUUGGGGGUCACUGUCAACUUGGACCAUUCCAUCCGGCACAAGAUGGGGCUCCUACGUGGCCUCCAUCGCCUGCAGAAAGUGGCCACCACCCCCUUGUCCUGCAGUGCCCAGUGUCCCCACCCCAACUGA